GGCAUCGCCGCCUUCCAGGGGCUCUCCAACCUGGCACUCAAUGGCAUCGUACUGGGAACCAUCUUCGUCGGCGGCUCCCUGAUGGCUGGGGAUGAGCUCUCACCAGGUGACCUCAUGUCCUUCCUGGUGGCCUCGCAGACGGUGCAAAGGUCCUUGGCCAACAUCUCCAUCCUGAUGGGGCAGGUGGUGCGGGGUCUGAGCGCCGGCGCCCGUGUCUUUGAGCUGCUGACACUGGAGCCCCUCGUGCCUCUGCAGGGGGGGGCCUCCAUCCCUGCCCACUCCCUGCAUGGCCGCAUCUGCUUCCACCAUGUUUCCUUCAGUUAUCCCACCCGGCCUGGCUACCCGGUCCUGCAGGACUUCAGCCUCACUCUGCCCCCCUGUCAGACUGUGGCCAUCGUAGGACCCUCCGGAGGAGGGAAGUCGACAGUGGCAGCACUGCUGGAGCGGUUCUACGAGCCCACGGCAGGAACCAUCACCUUGGACGGGCACGACAUUGCCGGCCUGGACCCCUCCUGGCUGCGGGGGCAGGUCAUUGGCUUCAUCAGCCAGGAGCCGGUGCUGUUUGCGACGACCAUCAUGGAGAACAUCCGCUUCGGGAAGCCAGAAGCCUCUGAUGCUGAGGUGUACGAGGCUGCCCGGCAGGCCAACGCCGACGGCUUCAUCCGCAGCUUCCCCCAGGGCUACGACACCGUUGUGGGUACGGCCGGGGCGGGAGGGGGACGGGCGGGUGUGGGACCCUGA